CCUGUGCAACCUUAUAAAGAGUCCCCUCCCUUUGGCAACCCUUGACAGAGUGGCUCAGACCCAUCGGCCAGUAGGUUAGCCUUGCUCAGAAGAGGUUCAUUGUGCAGACAGCGAUUGCUGAGCUGAGGUUUGCAAGGUCAGCGCCGUGCGUGAAGGUUCUCGUCCCUGCUGGUCAGGGUACGAGCAGGGAGCUGGUCUCACCUAACAGAUGCCCAAGAGACUUUACUCCAUACAGUCUUCGGCAACAAGAUGAGCAAGAUGCAGGUGGUGGAAGGAUACAGGGUCAGCGGCAGGCGUGAGGUGGUGGCCGAGACAGCGGCGGAGGGAUACGUGAAGGAGUUCACGCGGCACUCCAGUGACGUGCUGCUGAACUUAAAUGAGCUCAGGCACCGGAACAUUCUGACGGACGCCACCCUCUUGGUUGGCACCACCCAUUUGCGGGCACACUGUGCAGUUCUCAUCGCCUGCAGUGGGUUCUUCUACUCCCUCUACUCACGGCGCGUGUCUGUCCCUGGGUGGGACGGCCACGCGCCCAGAGGAGGCGAUCCAGCCAUGACCCUGUCUCUCCCUGACUCCCUGGAGCCCACCUGCGUGUCUCUCCUCCUGGACUUCAUGUACACCUCCCGCCUGCCGCUCACCCGGCCCACUGUUCCCGGCGUGCUCGCCGUCGCCACCUACCUGCAGAUGGACCACGUGGCGGACGCCUGCAGGGCCUUCAUGCUGGACAGCGAGAGGAUGUGUGCGACGCCUCCCCGGUCGGAGCUGGACUCCAGGGUGUCUCCAGCCUGCGUCACCCCUCAGGGAGGAACCCUGUCCAUGCCCCGGGUUAACGGGAGAGUACCCCGGCCCCAGCUGUUGGCUGAGGCCGAGAGCCGUGUGCAUCCUGCUGACUUGGCCAGGAUCCCAGGAGACAGCCUGGCCUCCAUGAAGCCAGGGACUUUCCUGAUCUGCCAGUCCAGGUCACAGGAGCUGAAACUGGAGCCUGAGUCACCCCGUCUGGGGUCCCCCACCCCCUCCCCUGACAGCCCCUCCCGCUCCAGCUGCCAGCCCAACUCUCCUGCUGAGUCAAACACCUGCAACCUGUCCAACCACAUACUGAGCGAGACCAAGCCCACCCCAGACCCGAAAGCCUGCAACUGGAAGACCAAGCCCACUUCAGACCCGAAAGCCUGCAACUGGAAGAAGUACAAGUACAUUGUCCUCAACCCUCUUUGUGCCGUAACCACGGUAAAGGAGGAGGGGCCAGAGGAGGGGCAACAGCAGGCUGUCCACACUCCGACUUCCGAUAGGAUGGACGUGGUGCAAAAACCACCUGGGGAGGCGUGGCCUGGGGACGAGCUCAGCCUACAAGACAGGCAGGGGCGGGCCUCCUGUUGUGAUGUCGCUGGCCGAGUUCUUCCCCCGGUGCCCAUCCACCUUGUCCCAUUGGAGCACAGACCCACACCCAAGGAGCCACCAGCUUCCCGUCGCUGUCAACACCCAAUCAAGUGCGAGAGCUACUGUUUGCCUCUGUGUUACUCUGGCAACGUGGGCGGGACCAAGCCGGUCUGCACAGGUGAUAAACCAUAUCGCUGCGACGUAUGUGGCGCCCAGUUUAACCGCCCAGCCAACCUGAAGACUCACUCUCGGAUCCACUCUGGAGAGAAGCCGUACCGCUGCGACACGUGCGGGGCACGAUUCGUUCAGGUUGCCCACCUACGAGCCCACGUUCUGAUCCACACGGGGGAGAAGCCGUACCCCUGCCACACAUGUGGCACUCGCUUCCGUCACCUGCAGACCCUGAAGAGUCACCUCCGUAUCCACACAGGAGAGAAACCUUACACUUGUGAGAAAUGUGACCUUCACUUCCGCCACAAGAGCCAGCUCCGCCUACACCUAAGACAGAAGCAUGGCGCUGUCACCAACACCAAGAUCCGCUACAAGGUCCUGGCCGACCCCUACCAGCCAAUCCCACAAGCCUGUUAAAGACGGAUCUUUAACUACUGGAGCAUUUUGGAUUUGUAUCCCAACAAAGCAUUUUGCAAUCCCGCCACCGCACUCAUUUCCAGGGCUGUCCAAUAUGGAGCGCAAAGCAGCAGGGCAUUUGACGGAACAUGCAUGACUGUUUUGAGGGGUUUAAAGUAGCACGUGUUCUAUGUCUGCUGUUCUAUGCUUGUUGUAUUUGCCUUGUGUCCUGUGCCUGUACUGAACAGCCAGGGUUUGAGUUACGAGACACCUGUCCAUGUUACUGGCCGUCUGCCAGAAGAACAUUAGAUAGUCGUUUCAUCCAUGAAUGAGAAGCUAUUUGUCAUUUUCAAUGUUGGAACAUGUGGGAGGCAUCACCCCCCACAUGUUCCUGUUGAAACGAACCGCGGAUGAAACAUGAUGUUCCCAUAAAGUCAGAUUAAGAUAUACAUUCCUAGCGUUACAGUUGGCUCUUGUGGGGCCUGUAUAGCAGGGCAGUUUGCAGCCAUAUGUGUCGAAGUGGGAUUUAUAUUGGUCCAGCUUUUCACUGGGGUCUGGAUGGUGAUUCAACAGUUGUUUUGAAAUGUUGAGAAGAUUGUUGAGGGGGAAGUGCAGAAAGUACAAGUAGGAAGUAGGAGAAGUAGAAAAGAAGAGGAUAAAGGUAAUGGGAGGAAGAGAGUGUUAGGGCAAUGGGAUGUUUAAGAGAAGGAUCAAGUAUGUCACAAGGAGGGAGAUAUUUCAACUGAAGGUUUUGGUGCCUAUGUUUUUCUUUUUUUAUAUUAGCCUCCAACAUAGAAUGAAUUGGCUCACUCAAUAUUACAAUCAGGUUAAAUUAAAUUGUCCCACUUAUAUUUAGCAAGUACAUAGACACCAUUAAAUUGCCUUUUAGUUUGACUGUUAGUUUUCUUUUAGUAAAAUACGUGGCCUGGUGCCUGCAUGCUGUAUAAAAAGCAUCCUUUGACAAAUAUGUCAUAUGGAGCUGAUUGUUUUUUCAAAUUGAAUAUAUUUAAGUGCAAGAAUACUUUUUAUGUCGACAUGGGUGCUUUAUAAUAAUGUAUUUCACGGUCCAAGCAGGCAAAGGACUUGAAUUCUCUUGUAUAUUAGGGAUUGUUUAGAUUUUAGAGUUGAAAACUAGCAACUGUAUAAAAUUGUGAGAAAUAAUACUGAUAGUGAAAUUGUUAUUGUGUUCUUUUGCUGGACAAAGACAGGAGGUGUUUUAUACAAAUUAAAUUAAACCAAUUACCCAUCAA